UUUAAUUUCAUCACUCUUUCUUGCAUUCAAGAGAUGCAAAAGCCUUAGCUUUUCCCAGUACUACUACUACAUCACUUUUCUCUUCAUCACAUAUAUAUUGUCCGAAUUCUUACAAACAUACAUACAAAUAUCCUUCUUUCUUCACUGUUUACAACUGAAGAUUAUAGCUGGCUAUGGCUGCUCCCUUGUAUGCUUGGCCAUGGGAGUUCUUGGGGUGUUACAAGUAUGGUAUUUAUGGGAUUUUUCUUGCCAAAGGGAUGUAUUCGAUGUAUCAAGAAGAGAUCACGAAAGAACGAUGGUGCCUUCAUAUAUUUGUUCUAUGUAUGCUUAGGCUCGCGAUGUAUCAGGCAUGGACUUCUUACAGCAACAUGCUCUUUCUUACACGAAAUCGCAUCAUCGUCAAGAAAGGAGUUGAUUUUAAGCAGAUUGAUAAGGAAUGGCAUUGGGAUAAUUUUAUUUUGCUUCAAGGAAUAGUGGCAUUUUCGGUAUUGUACAUGUUUCCGACCUUUGAAACUCUUCCUCUGUGGAACAAAAAGGGCAUCACAGCAGCAAUACUUCUUCAUGUUGCAAUCUCAGAGCCACUGUUCUACAGCACACACAAAUGCUUCCAUGGAAGUUACCUUUUUACCUAUUACCACUCCCUACACCACUCAUCAGCUGUUCCACAGGCCUUCACAGCUGGACAUGCUACAUUCUUGGAACAUCUUUUGUUGACGGUCGUGAUUGGAGUACCGAUCAUGGGCUCGUUCUUGAUCGGACAUGGAUCUUUGAUGUUGAUCUAUGGAUAUGUUUUGAUCUUCGAUUUGCUCAGAUGUUUAGGCCAUUCCAAUGUGGAAAUUGUCCCGUAUCAGAUAUUCGACGCCAUCCCAUUUCUCAGAUAUAUACUCUACACACCAACAUACCACAGCCUCCAUCAUGCUGAGAUGGGCACCAAUUACUGCCUUUUCAUGCCUCUUUUUGAUGCACUCGGGAACACAUUGAACAGGAAAUCAUGGGAAAUGCACAAGAAAAACUGGCUGGAUUCAGGUAAGAACGGGAGAGCUCCGGACUUCGUGUUCCUAGCCCACGGAGUGGACCUGUCCUCGGCUAUGCAUGCGCCGUUUCUGAACAGAUCAGCCGCGUCCUUACCCUACUACACAAGAAUUUACUUGUUACCCUUUCUGCCGGUAACUUUUGUGGUGAUGCUACUGAUGUGGGCGAAGUCCAAGACUUUCCUCAACUCAUUCUACAACCUUCGUGGUCGCCUACACCAGACGUGGGUUGUUCCUCGUUUCGGUUUUCAGUAUUUCUUGCCAUUUGCUGCAAAAGGGAUCAAUAAGCGCAUAGAAGAGGCUAUUCUUAGAGCUAAUAGGCUUGGAGUUAAGGUUAUCAGCCUUGCUGCUCUAAAUAAGAAUGAGGCGUUGAAUGGAGGCGGGACACUCUUCGUGAACAAACAUCCAAACCUUAAGGUUCGAGUGGUACAUGGUAAUACCUUAACAGCGGCCGUUAUUCUGAACGAUAUUCCUAAGGAUGUGUCCGAGGUUUUUCUAACCGGAGCGACUUCAAAACUUGGACGGGCUAUCGCUCUUUAUCUUUGCAGGAAAAGAGUUCGAGUUUUGAUGCUAACUUUAUCGACUGAAAGAUUUAGAAAGAUUCAGACAGAAGCACCAGCUGAUUGCCAGAAGUACCUAGUCCAGGUGACUAAGUACCAGGCAGCGCAAAACUGUAAGACUUGGAUAGUAGGAAAAUGGAUAACACCAAGAGAGCAAAACUUCGCCCCAGCUGGAACUCAUUUUCAUCAGUUUGUGGUUCCACCUAUACUGCAAUUUAGAAGAGACUGCACCUACGGUGACCUUGCAGCCAUGAAACUGCCCGAAGAUGUGGAGGGGCUUGGAUGUUGCGAAUACACGAUGGAGAGAGGCGUCGUCCAUGCUUGCCAUGCAGGCGGAGUUGUUCAUGCGUUGGAAGGAUGGAGCCAUCAUGAAGUUGGAGCGAUAGACGUCGACCGGAUCGAUUUAGUGUGGAAAGCUGCAUUGAAGAAUGGUUUGAAGCCAGUCUCGAGUAUCAGGUGAAAUUCUUACACAAGUGUUAGAAAACAUUGGAACAAAAAUUUUAUAACGAAAUGAAGUUACAUGAGGAGAGGUGAAAUGUGUAAUGCAUGUUAGAAUAGUACACAAUUCAUUGGAACUAAAUCUUACAGUAUGAAUUAAUGGUUCUGUUUAUUUUGUAAUGAUUUUUAGUAUGUAUGUAAUGCAGCUUCAUUUGCUUUGUAAUAAGUAUUUCUAUGUUGUAUAAGAAUAAGACCAAAUUGUAUCUUUCA